AUGGAACAGAACAAUGGAGGGAUUCCAACACAGGCGGCUCUCCCAGAGCCAGAUGAAGAAACAGUCAUAAAGAAUCAGCAUAACACAACCAAUGUUGAUGAUGUUCAAAAACAGCAAUUGUUAGCCAGCCGACGAGAAAGAUAUCGUACUAAACUGCAGAGCGAAUCACCAGAGAAGCGUGCAGCUCGCCUUGCCAAGAGACGUGAGCAAUAUCAGCUAAAGAAGACACAACAAAGGAAAGAAGAAUCGCCUGAGCACCGUGAAGCUCGCCUUGCACGCAGGCGUGCCACAUAUCACCUCAACAAACAGCAAUCACCAGAGGAUCAUGCCACUAAACUUGCAGCAAGGCGUGCAAAGAGGAAUUUGGCGGACGAACAUGAGCAGCAUUGUGCACAGCUUUCUAAGAGAAGGCGUGCGCACAAAGAACAAAAGCAAACCAGGCAGUAUGAAAUUGAUCGAUCCAGACUGACGUUUGAUACCCCCCACAACUGCGACACCAUCAAUGGCAAUGCCUAUGCCUUUCACGACUUUGAAAUGAAUCCUGAGACAUCGGCUCUUCUGUAUCAUUUGAAUUCUGGACAUCAAAAGUUCCGUACCAUUGAUGACAUUCUGGCAUACCUCUCAAGAAAUCAAGGCUUCCAACCAGUUGAAACCCCAUUGGAGCUCCGUGAAAUGAUGGAUAAGUUGAAAGCUGAGAUAGCAGACGAAAUGCUAACUGAACAGGAGCAGGAAGACAUUGUUGAGAAAUUUCUCCUUCAUCAAGGCAGGGCUUCUUGCAAACCCAACGGUAGUAAUGCUGAAUCGGAACUUGCAAAUUUUCCUGGAAUUGGACAAUCCGUUGAUGCGCAUCACUUUGUUUGUGGGUCAUGCGGUAUCAAAUCUGUGAAUGGGCAAUACGGGAAGGUUUGUUCGACAGUUGAUCUCGCAGAUCUCGUUGAUACACCUGUUGCCUUCACCGAAGAGCAGCUGAAACGAUAUGAACGUUCUGCCAAAGAGCCUCCAGUUCUACUUCCGACCGAUGACGAAGGCAGCACUAAAUUAUUUUACCCACAUCGCUUGCAGAGCGCGUAUACCUCCCCUUCUCUUGCUUCAACAUUUCAUCUCCAUCCCGAAUUUGUUACCUUUCAAACACGGCCCUCCAAAGAUGGAGACAAAACAGAGCAGCAUGAGACCGUCAUUUUUUGUUCAUCUUGCACAGCCUGGCUCAACGAUCACCGCACGCGCUGUGCUGCCACGCCCUCCCUACCACCUGUUCAUUCUAUCGCAGCUGGCGUGGAUUUUGGGGAUAUCAAUCGCAUUGGCCUCGCGAAACCUGAUCUACUUGAGUCUCUGGUCAUUGCUCGAAUGCGCCACUUUCAUAAUGUUGUCAAGGUUCAAGACAAUCAUGCUGUGGGUGGCCGUUCUGAUCUCACAAAAAACGAAAUCAGAGGUCAUUCCAUUCUUUUUCGUCACGAUAGUCCUGUAACCGCGUCUCUUGCACUCAUGUUUGGUGACGGCAAAAGUUUCGAUCCAGAGAAAACUGGGGCAAACAUCACUACAUUUCUUCAAGAACUUGUGACCAUUGAGUUGGUUGGCCCCGCAGGAAGUAUAGAAAAACUGGCCAGAAAAGCACGGAUGCAGACAUUCCUUCAGCUCCGCCCAUUCGUACUGUACCAGUGGUUGACAGUGCUUCGCUCCUGCCAUCCAUUGUAUAAGUAUGACCCACCCCUUCCCCCACUUCACGAAUUCGGAGAUAUGAAGAAGACAAUUGCGUAUUGCAACAGGGCACUCAUGGAAGCCGGCAUUCCAGUUACUACAGAGCGGGCUCUUGCCGCAGAACAGAUUUAUGCCGAUGAUGUUGCCGGGAUUCGGACUAAAAUACUCACAGAUUCGGAUGUGCAACUUGAAAGGUCCGAUGAUGGGAACCCUGAUCGUGACGAACACAAAACAGGAGCAUGUUCUAUUCCUGUGGCUUAUACAUAUGUUGCUCAGCACCCCGAUGUUAUUGCCCUUGAGCAACAUACAGCUCCAGGCAAGCAGGAAGAAAACCAAGUUCAUUCAAAUUCGAAUAAUACACUUUCAACUCAGAUUGAAGCCAUUGCUGAUGCAUUCAACAUUGAAUACAACCCUCCAUCUGCAUCCCAAUCUGAUUGUACUACUGAUGCGGACACCACUUCUGUAAACGGUGGUGAGGAUUUAUCAACAUGGAAGUCGUAUCGUGAUGAAACUCCCGUUAAUGAGUUCUCUGACAUGCUGGAGCUACUGACAUCAUCAUUUCCUCAAAUCUUUCUUCUUGGAAAUGGAUACUCCCAAGAGGGUGGUUUGCUCACGUCCAUUCAAAUAGAGCACCUACUGAAACAGUAUACCCAAGCUGCUGCUACAAACCGUGAUUUUCUGUUCUACCUUUUUGAUUGUCACAUUCGGCACACAAUAAUGCGUAAUUUUGCCGCCAAAAUACGCAAGGAUCCUGCAGCCUUUGAGCAGUAUGCCACAUUAUUGAGGGACGAGGAGUUCCAGCAGAAAAUCCUGCAAGCUGCUGAAAAUCCUUCCUCGCCCGAAGCAAAACAAGUGCUUCGAACGGUUCUUCCUGUCUUGAGCCUUGGUGGUAGAAAUACGAUUAUGGCCGGCGCAUUGGGUGACACCUCAUCUCUUUCCAGAGCCAUGGCAAUGGCUAAACGGUACGGUCCAGUCGCGAAUAUGGUUACAGUGACACCUGACGACAUCAAUAAUCCCACCUCCUUCCGUUGGGCAUGUCGUUCAUCCAAUAACUUUUCCUUUCCUGCUGUUGUUGAUGAGGAUUUCUUUGAGUCCCUCCAAAAGAACGGCACUCUCAGAACAAAUGGGAAUGUCGAUGUGCCCCUUAACUACUCCAGCCGUAUGAAAAAAGCGACCGACAAUCCUGUUGCUGUUGCCCUCGAGUUUCGCACUCUUCUCGAGAAUGUGAUGUCUAUUUUGAUAGGGUGUCCCCUCAAUUUUGAGCCUGGAACUCGGUCAGGCCAGCGGCGCACUUGGUACUUCAAAUCAGAAGCUGCAAAUUGUCCUUAUCACCGAGGAAUUUUUGGCCAUGUCGUCGCUUUUUUUGGGACGGUAGAGACACAAAGCAGGGGGGCCCUCCAUUUUCACGUUAUUCUGUGGGGAUCCAUAUCUCCAAAGCUGUUGGAGAAAUCGGCUGGUUUACCCGAUAUCUGUAAACAGAUUCAACUUGCAUUGGAUUCUAUGUACACGGCCGAACUACCCCGGCACAUCCACGCUAAGGAUAUUAUUGUCCGUGCCAUGAAAAAGUCUCAGAGUGGUCGCGACUGCCUUCCUCCGUAUGCAAAGCGCUACACAUCCAUGAAGCAUGUUCCAUCUCCAAAAUCUACAGACGAUUGGAAAAAAUUCAUGUGGGAGGCUACUCUACGCAAUGGCAUCCACGAGCAUGGUUGGAGCUGCAGAAAGCCACCCUCUGGCAAAUAUCGAUGCAGGAACGCAAAGGGAUCCGGCGAUUCCUCUGCCACACUUCCCAAACUGCUCGAAGUGCCCACCGACAUUGAACAAUGUUCGACAUUCUCGCCUGCUAAUAACACGGCAUUGAAGGACAUCGUUCCAACAAUUUCACAAUCCCCAAUUCCUGUACAGAAUGAUCACAUGCAGAGAGAUUACACCGUUCAUCCAAUUCCACCUCUGGAUGAUGCUCUCGUUGUUUGGGAACUACAACGGCAAAAGUUGUAUGCUAUGCCCAACCUUCCGGAUGACAUUCGUGAAGCCUACGUCCGUUCAACCACCUCUUCCAACCCCCCCCAUGAGACUCCUCCUUUGUCUAACGCUGAAGGAGACCCGAUUAACGACAAUUGUCUUCUCAAUGAUGGCAGAGCGUUCUGUAUCAAGGCUUUGUUAGAAGCACUAGAAGAGCCCCAUUCACCGUUAAAGGCUACAAUCAUCAUUGGUAAUGGUGAGCCUUCCAACAAUGAGCAUUCGCAGAUCGAUGUUCCAAGCAUACAGAAAUGGCUUGAAACUCUUGAUGCUACCACCAUUAUUUUCCUCUUUGACAAACUCAGCAGCGAAAUUUCUGGCAGGAAUGGCUUUGUUACCGAAACUAAUGUCACACUUUGCAAUUCAACUGGGGGCAGUACAAAUGCCAUUCUGCUAGGCUCCACACAAAUGUCAGCAGGUGCACUAUUUUAUGUUGUUCCAUAUGUCUGCAAGAACAAGGUCGCACUGGAAGCAUGUCUUGUUGCUCUGGAGGCUGCACAGCGGCACAUCGAGCAGUUCCCAAGCUCUGCUGAUGAUUCGGGAACCGACCGUCGAUCAAUUCAACAUAUGUUCACUCGUGUCUUGAAUGAUCUCAGCAGGAGCAUUCAAGUUAGCGACACUCAAGUAGCUCUUUCUCUUCUCAAUAUGGGAACCGAGCUAACUUCCGACUCUUUCCGUUUUUUUGGUGCAGACUAUUCGGUUAACUACUUUCUUCACCAGCAUCCUCCCAUUCUGUCACCAGCUAAACCUACUACAAACGAGUCAUCAUCACCGACUACGAAUAAUGCUACAACCGACCACGGUGCUCACUGUGAGAAUCUCUUGCCCCCUGAGGCUACAGCAGCCAACUCACACAUCCCUCCAGAUGAUGCCUCUACCCACACAACUGAAUCUGGAUUCUCAACCGAAGAUGAAUGUUCCUUCCAAUUUACACAUACGCAAGGAUACAGCGAUUCACAUACAAUGGAUGUCCAAGUUGCUCUACAUGCCAUGUCCCAGUGCACCAAUAAAUCGUUUGGUCCCGCACCCUUCUAUACAGUGGGUGAUCAUGACCCUCCGGAUAAUUCGUCCGACGAAAACAGUACUAGGACCUCCAAUUCCACACACAGACUACCUGUCCAAUAUCCACUGCACUGGUAUUUCCGUGGCAAUGGUCUCAAGCACUUGACAAAUUCAGAGUAUUACGCUUUGGUUGAUAUUCGCCCUAUUUCAUCGGAGAAGAUCUCUCACAGAACCCUAAAUGAUGAUGUGGACAGUGACAGUGACAACGACUCCGCUACCCAUACUGUUAUGAAUGACUUCAAAUCUGAUGACUCCAAUACUGUUCUUUCUACUAAGCGGGGACGGAAACAACGCAAGCCAUUUCGAUUCCACCCUCAUCAUCCUCUCUAUCACUCUCAUGUCCAAUUACUUCGUGCUAAGCAGCAUACACUUAUCUACAAUGCUCAUCCUCCAAAAUUUCCUGGGGAGCCGCCUUCGCCUCCUGAUGCUGACGCAUCGCCAUUCGAGUGCGAAACAUUCCUUGAGGAUUACGCUAUCUGGCGGAAGGCCGCCGAUGCUUUUGCCUCAUGGUACGACAUUACCUUUCUUCCACAUGAAGAUAUCUAUGGUGACAUGCCUGCCUCCGCCCACAGUGCUCCCACAUGGGAAUCAUUCUGCGCCAAAAUUCAAGAUAUGGAGAUCAACAAUCGUCUUAUUGAUCGACUCCGCCUUGAUGCCAUGUUCACAUUUUCAUACGGGUUUCGGUCUAACUACAAGCAGCGUGUGCUCUUCUCAAAUUUUCGGCACCGCAAUACAACUGUUUGGUCCGACCAAGAGCGUCAUGAGGCUGAGAAAUUGUUCGCUGCCGUUGGCGCCCGCAAUCGUGCAUUCCUCGAUGACACUGACACUGAUGACAUAAUCAAUGGCCGCCUCAGCACAGAGGCUUUCUCCACAUCUAAAAUACGUUCCUAUCAACAAGACCGUGACUUCUGCAAACAUCAAAUGACAAGUGUCAAAUACCUUUUCCCCUCUAGUAUUGGUACCAAUACAUGUCACAAUACCAUCACUCAACAUGAUGCAUCCACAUAUAACACUAACGACCCCAACAUUGGUUCGCCCGUCAAUCAUGAUCACAUUCUCAAGUUCGAAUCCAACAAUGGACUAAAAAUCAUGGAAACUGUGGCUGCUUUGCAGACUUCUUCUCUCGAUGAACCCGAACGAUCCAUUCAUUCCAAUAUCUCUCACCGCCGUUCCUCUCGAAAAAGGGCACGCAAUGGUACCUUUCUCUCUCUGACAUCCGAGGUGAAACGCUACAUUGAUAUGCGUUUGCUCUCUGAUAGUCAAAAACGCAUUGUGGACUCGGCAACUGAUUACUUUUUCAAACUUAAAGCUCAUCGCGACAACUGGCCCGAUACUGACUUCCUGCAAACCAUGUACAGUCUCAAACAAACAAAACCCCCUAUGUUUCUCCUCACAGGAGAUCCUGGCACCGGCAAGUCCUACGUCAUUGAAACUCUUGUCGAGAUAUGCAACAUACUUCAACUUGGAACCGUUGCUACAACAAGCUAUACGGGCAUAGCAGCUGUCAAUAUUGAUGGCUCCACCAUCUGUAGUAUGUUUGCCAUUCACGAUACCAGUGAUUCAAUCAAGGCUAAGACUCUCUCAGACGAUUCUAUUGCUCAGCUACGUCUGAAGCUUCGCUCGGAUAACCUUUGCUGCCUAAUUCUGGACGAGAUCUCCACUAUCGACUCCCGAAUCAUAGCUCUUCUAGACUUAAGAUUGCGCCAGAUUCUUGAUAACUCUGACAUUCCCUUUGGCGGACUACCCAUAAUCUGUGUGGGUGACUUCCAGCAAUUAGGCCCAGUUCAAAAAACACCACUCUGCAAAGACAUGCUUACAUGGGCUGCUCGAACCCAUCGCUCUACAACAGACCACAACAAGAACUCCAUCCCUUCCACAGCAACACAAACGUCUCUCAAGGUUCCCAGUUUGAGGCGUCAGCAGCAGCUCCUUCGAAAAUUCAUGUCGCAGCGUGCCGCAAACAACAGCAGCGCCAACAAAAAAACCAAAGAUCAGGCCAACCGGUUCCAUCCCGGUUCUCUACCAUUUCACGGCUGCUCUUUGUUCGCACAAUUCGAACGUUUCCAUUUAACCACACAGCAGCGCGCUUCUAACGACGAUCAGCACAAAGAUUUUGUUCAGAAACUUUCUACCGGGAAUAAAAUUCUUCUUGGCGAUAUUCUUCAAUACGAUCACCUCUCCAGAGACGAUAUUCGUAAAAACCCUCACGAAUGGCUGUUUUGUCCUGUUCUUGUUGCCACAAACAUGGAACGACUCAACAUUUCUCGUCACAAAGCGUCUCUCUGGGCAAAACAUCAUCAAACAUUUGUUUUCAAAUGGAAAUGCCGUGUUCGCAAAGAAGUCAAUCGCCCACCUUCCUCUCAAAUGGCCUCUAUUCGUGAGAGCAAUUCAUUCUUUUGGCAAUAUUGGGUUCCUCAUGCUCCAUGUCAUCUUUCCCAUAACAUUAACUGUGACCUUGCUCUUGUCAAUGGGUCUCCAGUUACGGCUCACUCUCUUACUUUUUCCAAUCAAGAAGAAUUCUCACGUGUUCAAGACCUCCUUCUCGGACCUCAUCCACCUCCUUAUGGCUCCGAAAUUACCAUUCAAGAGCCUCUAUCCGUCAAUAUGCUAAUCAAUCCAUCUCUUGACUCGAAACCAAUCUCUACCAAACGGCAACAGCAGCUUGAUCGGCUCAAGUCAUUCAGUCUUCUUCCUACUAAUUCUUCCACCAAUGACAAUAUUGUCAUUCCACUGACACCCUCUAUUGCUUCUUCUAAGCGUUCCGAUUACUCCCGAUUCACAUACGAAACUGGCAAUCCAUUCACAUCAAUCGGUACUGCUGAGAUUCGGCCUCCGUUUGCUUUCGAUCUUGCUUUCAGCUUUACUGUGCAUAAAGCUCAAGGGAGAACUCUCCACCGUGUUGUGCUUGACCUUACUAACCAUCCCACGCAUUACUCUCAGCUUGAGUUCGCAGCUGUCUUUGUUGCUAUGUCUCGCGUAAAGGACAAGCGGCAUAUACGGCUACUCUGUCACCGGUCUCUUGGAUCCCCUUUCAGUCCAUCUGCUGCAUAUGACUAUCUCACACAAUUGGUACCCGACAGAAAUGCGUCCGCCUUCAAUCACGGGUUUUUGCCCCCCUCCAAACCUUCCCGUUCUACCCGUUCUGCUGCUAACCAAGGGGUCUUCUGGGACCCCUCGCGUGCCCUUGCAUUCAGUCGCGAAUUCGCCUAA